AUGAAGAAGGAACACAGAACGACACCGCCUGCCGACCACGCACCUUCUUAUCCCAAGACCUCGCCGCAUUCCUGCGAUGAAACGGCUCAAAAGUACGCAGCUCCUCACUCCUUGUCGUCCACUCCAACCUCAAAUGCCCACUCGCCUUCCUUACCAGCUACCGGCACGAGACUGACCUUCCCCAGAGCCCUAGAGGAGCUAGGUCGAGAACAGCCCGCGCAUGAGGCAGAGGAAGAGACAGGAUCCCAAGGCGGAGGCAAGACGUGCGGCAAGGACGGUGUCGCCGGGUCCACUAUCAGGCGGAGAGCUGCGAGGAGGAACACCAUCACGGCUGAGCAACUACGAGAACGAUACCGAGAUCCCGAGAACCAUUCGUUCCCUGCAUACGGGUACACUACGACUUCAUGCGCCGCCAUAGACCAUGUCACUGACCAUGGCUUUUGUAGGAAUCCAAAGGACGGAGUUCCCAUUUCAGACCCAAUGAGUGCGAAGAGCAACAGAUUGAAGGGGCUCUUGAGUGGUUCUUUUGCCCCUAAGAAAAACUUCGACCCGGGAACUGGGGGUCAGAACAAGAGGCCAAGCUACUCUACGACGACAAACAACGAACCCCCUAGGUCUGCGAAGCGCCAGAAGACGAAAGAUGAAGCCUCACCCGCUGCCUCGUACACGAACUCGACGUUCGCUCCUCCUCCUUCUCCAUCGCCAGUCCGGUCGAUCAGGUCCUCGUCGGCUGUGGAUUUGACGAAACCUGACGUCGACGCUGCUAGCAACCGCUCGACUCAGCAGCCAGCUUUCCAGGUCGAAGAAUACCGUACUGUGCAGAGGAACAAUAGCGUUCCAAGGAAAAACACCCGGACACGCAAAAGGUCGGCCAACAGGUCGCCGGCCUCCAAGGUUCAACCGUUCGACAUCGACGCCGAGGAGGACGAGAUCUCACAGGAUAUGCCGGCAGUGAAGAAGCGAAAUGUUGGCAAGAUGGUACCUUUCAAGAUGACACCUCUUAAGGGGUCACGAGAUGCCUCAGAAGGAAUAUCGGACAGCGACCUCCAUAAAAUCGACGAACUCGCCUCCGAAGCUGGCUCUGCCAAGAAGCGCCAGGUUUUCGACGUUGACCCUAUUUCGGACGACGAGAAGCCGUCGCCGACGACGUCUGAAAGCCGUCUGGCCAAGGCCGACAUGUCCCGUGUUGAGUUCAAGAAGCAGAAGCCCGACGCCGUAAUUUUCAAGCUGAAGCGAGCUGUCUCCGGCAAACAUACAAUCGUCGUCGAUGACUUGCCUCCUGAAGAACAGCCACACCUCCAGGUUCUAGACGACAAGAAACAUCUUAUUGCAUGCAGACGCAACGGUAAACGGCAUCUCGGCUAUCAUUGGAUUGAUGUGAAAUUGAAUUUCUGUUCAACGAUUCGCUAUACGUCAAUCGCGACCCCGUUAGCAAGGAUUUCCAGAUGUGCGUCUGAGGACGCUCCAGGCCUCCUAGUGUUGGAAUUUGCCGCGAAUAAUGAUGCCCUUCGAUUUGGAAAUUGGGUUGAGGAGACUGCUGGAGGACUGCAUAACAUGAAAUUAUUCCCAAGGUGCUUCACUAAUACUAAGCCUAGCCAACAACUUCAGAAGGUCUUCGACAAGCAAUGGGAAAACGCCGUCAAUUACAAACCAGCAGCUUGGACUCCAAAGCCAGACGACAUCAGAUAUCUUGAGUCGAAGCAAGCAAGCAAGGACGGCGACAUUCAGAAGUCUACGCCGCGAACCAGCUCUCGUCCGAACUCCGCUCACCAAGGUACAUCAUACCAAUCCGGCAAACCGCUCAGAAGUAGUAUGAACACGGGCGAUCCUGCGUCUACACCCAGCAAAACCCCAAGAACGUCUUCUUUUUUUACACUUGCUGGCGAGAAAGAUGCCAAAGCCGAGCCCCGGCGGACUCGAGACUUGCCGCAAAGACAGACUAGAGAUGCGGCUGCCCGACAUACAACUGAGCCAAAGCAAAGCAUCUUGGCACCGCGGUCGCCUAGUCCAGUGCUGUGGACGGAGGAAAAUAAAGAAUGGAAAAAGAUUUGGGAUGACGACAAGCCACUCCUUUACCCAGAAUUCGGCAAACACAAAGCGACUGUCAUCAGAGAUGAUAUUUUCAGACUCGACGAGGGCCAAUUCAUGAACGACAAUCUCAUCUGGUUCUACAUGAAGUAUCUCCAGGUCAAAAUCGAAAAGGAGAAUAAGCAGACCCACGACAGGAUAUAUUUCAUGAACACCUACUUCUACCCGAAGCUCACAGAAAAGUCGGGCCGAGGGAUCAACUAUGAAGGCGUCAGAUCAUGGACGACGAAAGUCGAUCUUUUCUCUUACGAUUACAUCGUCGUUCCCGUCAAUGAACAAGCGCAUUGGUACCUCGCCAUCAUUUGUCACCCGUCCAAACUUAUCAAAGCCCAAGAGGUACAGGAGUUUGAUCAAGAACCGCCCCAGGUUGCACAGAAAGAGGCUUUAGUCUCUGCGGUCGGAGAACAGGUGGAGCAUAUGAGUUUAGAUGAUCCUGCGACUGAGAAUAAGGACACGGUCGUGCUCGUUGAAUCGAAAGCUUCGCCUGUCAAGUCGCAGCUGCCCCGGAAAAGUACAGGGGCUCUACCUCGCAAGAAGGACCCCUCUGAGGCCAGAGUCAUCACUCUGGAUUCGCUCGGUGUUGGACACUCAGCGACUUGUGGCAACCUGAAAGAGUAUCUUGUCCGUGAAGCCAAAGACAAGAAAAACCUGGAAAUCGAGGCUCCGGGCCAAUUUGGCAUGACUGCGAAGAAUAUCCCGGAGCAACUCGAUCAUGCAAGCUGCGGUGCUUUUCUGCUGGGCUACUUGCGAGAAUUCUUGAAGGCUCCGGAUGACACCGUUGGUCGCAUUGUGCGCAAGGAGGAAAUGAAUUGGGAUAUCACGUCUAUCGCAAUGCGAAGCGAGUUGCGCAGCAUUAUUAUCGAGCAACGAGAAGAACAAAACCGACGUUUCGCUUUGCUUGCUGCGGAAAAGAAGGCCAAGCGCAAAACACCAAAGGCACCCAUUUCGAGCAAGUCAUCGGAGGAGCCAAGUGGCGUGCCCUCGACACCAAGGACUCCCGUUUCAGCUGGAGACGCGCGCAAGAAGCCGUCUUCUACUAUCAAAGGGUCCCCUGCGAUCCCUUCGAUCCCUUCAAUGGAUGGCAGCAGCUCUCCCGUCAAGAUAGAAACCAAUGGCGAAGCACCACCUGUGCACGAUACUGUACCCCAAGAGCCAUCUGGGUCUGAAGUCGGCAUAGCCAAGACUGCGGAAGAGCUGCAGCCUGUCGCGUCGAAAAUUUCUGAGCGGCCGAAAACGCCGCCCAGGUCUGAGCCGCCCGCAAAGGUCAAUUCUUCCCCAACCCAGCAGAGAACGAGCCCUCGCUUCAACAAAGGCAAAACGAAUGGUCAAGUUGACAAGAUGCAAACCACCGACGAGGCUCCUGCUGCUUCGCCUUCGGCAACCUCGAAGUUGGGGUCAGCUCAAAAACGACUGAGAAAACCAGGGUUUAGUCCGGCAGAGGAGAUCAUGAACCAGAUAUCGUCACCGUCCAAGACUCAUCCCAUGCCCAUCCGCACUGAGCGGCGUGCUUCUGGGCAAAACGAAAAAAGUCCGACCCCAACCCAGCAGCUUCUAAGUGAAUCGCAAGAUUCGCCAUCCAAAACAACACCAACACAGAGUCUCACCCACACAGCCGAACGCCCAAGCACGCACAAAGACCGACCAAUGCCGAAACAAAAGGAUCUCCGGACCCCCACGCAGGCGCCCACACUCACGAGCCCCUAUUUCGCGCCUCCUGUCAAAUCGCCGCCUUCAGCGACUAAGCCUAGGCAACUGAGUAUCGAGGAAAUACCUCAACCCAUAUCGACUCAACCCAUACCUAGCAUUGAGGAUGAGGGGCUUUACCACAAGUCACCCGGCAAUAGUGGUUUCAAGUCCAGUCAGACCGUGACUGUAGAUCUCACCGACUAG